AUGCGAAGUUUGCUGGUUUUGGCAUUAGCCAUAGAUCUUAGUUAUGCAUCAUUUUGUGGAUCAUCAGCUGUACCAUUCAGUUUUGAGGACUGUGAACCAACAUUCCAAUCGCAGUCAUGCGAAGGAGAUAACCAAUGGGUAGCCGGUAUCGCACCAUUAAUGAACGUAUCUGCUUUCCCAAUUGUUGUGCAGUGUUGUACGUUUGAACCUUUACGGCUUUCUUCGGAUCGAGGGAUUGCGACCAUAAAUCCUGGACAAAUUGUUGUCGGAGGAGAAGUGGCAAGAAAUGGUACACAGUACGCUUUCGAUUACAUCAGUAACAUAGAAAAGGUUGUGAGUCUUGACGGAGGUGUCAGAUAUGAGGUAUACGUUCGUAGAUUCACAUGUUUGCCUCCUGCUGAACCGAAAAAACAUGUUACUCUACCAGGACCUGCUGUUCACAAUGCUGAAGAAUUUAGACGAUCUCCACAACAUCACAAAGCUUUCCAGGCUCCUAAUGUACCUUUGAAUAAUCCGAUUCAAAUUCCAUCAGCACAGCCAUUACAGCCUCCAAUGGGAAAUGUAAUCGAAGGACCUUUUAGUGAAGGUGAAAAUGUUGUAGUCGAAGAGGUUCUCGCUCAUGAUGGAAUCGAAGUUGGUACAACUACUGAGCUACCUCCGAUACAACCUCAACCUCAACCUCAACCUCUAUUCCCACAGCAACAAUUUGUGCCUGAACCCAUUUAUUAUCCACCUGUAGCUCAACCUCAACCUGCUUACUACUCAACCGCAGGAGGCUAUUACUGUUUUACUGGUGAUACCAAGGUCCGCCUCAUUGAUGGAAUUUACAAACGUUUGGAUGAACUUGAAGUCGACGAUUGGGUGCAGACAUUGAAGGACGCAGAGGUACAAUAUGCACCUGUUUCAUUUUGGCUUCACAGAGUACCUCAUCAACAAGCCGAAUUCCACAAGAUUGAACUGUCGGAUGGAAGUGAACUCAAACUAACAGCAAAACAUUUUAUUUACAAGACAAAUUGUUUAAAUUUUGGUAAGGAGGUAACCACAGGAAAAAUAUCUCAACAAGCAGUAUUUGCUGAUGAGGUUACUGAAGGAGAUUGUCUCUACAGAGUUACGGAGGAUGAACAGAUAAUCACCGAAAAGGUGAUGAGAGUGUCUAAAGUGAAAGAAACAGGAAUUUAUUCGCCAAUGACAUCGAACGGAAAGAUCAUUGUGAACGGUAUAUUUGCUUCUUGUCACAAUAUUGUGGAGAGUUAUUCGCUUCAAAACACAUUCUUCUCUUAUGUGGACACCUUCCGACAAUGGUAUUCGUCCAUUUUUGGAGCUCACACAGAAGUGGCUGACCUACCACUCGGUAUGGAUACCCUAGUAACUAUGAUGGACUACGUGAUACCGAAAGAUCUUGUCACCAUGCGAACUACCGUGCCUACUACCGUACAGAACCGAAUGCGGAUUAUGAAUAAUCUUAAACAUCCACUUGUAAACUGUGGAAGAGGUGCCAUGGCAUGCUAUAUCGAUCAUCAAUUGUUUCACUUCCUUGAGGGACAACUUCCUCAUAUUCGUCGUCGUUUUCUUCAUGGUUUAGGACAUGCAUUAGUGAAUAAAGUUUGGUCCGGUCAUUAUUCUCUACAACAACGUAUUAUUCGAAUGCGGGAGGAACAAAUUGCUCUUGAAAGAACUCUUUAUCAAAAUCGUCGUCACUACUUAAGUACACUUCAACAAGAUGCUCAGAUUGAGGAGAAGAUGUUGGAUCACGACAAUUAUAUUGCCACUAUUUUAGAUGACUAUUUCAAAAGACAACAACUUCAACUUACCGAAAUGAUGAUACCCGGCUUUUCAAUUACGGAUGAUCCAUUGGAUAUAGAAAUUCAAAUGCUUAUUCUAGAAUUUAUGUUACAAGUACGGCUUCCUGAGCCUUUACCAAGUACACAGCCACAAGGAUCGGCAGCUCCCAUUGUUUAUGUACAGCUAUCAUAA